AUGGGUAAAAAAGAUGGUGUAUUCCGGAGCGAGGUAGAAGCGCGAGGGCGCGGUACGGAGUCAGCGUUUCUCGACGGGCUGCAUUCAACGCUGGCGCCUCCUGCCGCGCCCGACCACGACUGGCAGCAUACCUUCAUCCUCAUCAUCAAAGGCCUCAUCUUCUCCACAAUAAUCCUCGGCGCUUUAUUUGGCAACGCUCUCGUUAUCAUAUCAGUACAUCGACACAGGAAGCUCAGAGUUCUCACUAACUACUACGUUGUUAGUCUUGCUGUGGCUGAUAUGUUAGUCGCCUUAUGCGCAAUGACCUUUAACGCCAGCUCCGAAUUAACUGACGCCUGGUUGUUUGGUCCGUUAGCCUGUGAUAUCUUUAAUUCUCUUGACGUUUACUUCUCCAGUGCUUCUAUACUUCAUCUGUGCUGCAUAUCUGUUGAUAGAUAUUACGCUAUAGUGCGGCCCCUCGAGUACCCGGUUACCAUGACUCAUAGGACUGUUUGCUUCAUGCUCGCAAACGUAUGGCUGUGGCCCGCGUUCAUUAGUUUCGUGCCCAUAUUCAAGGGUUGGUAUACGACUGAGCAACACCGCCAAUAUAGGAAGGAUCACCCUGAUGUGUGCAUUUUCAAAGUCAAUAUGGUAUAUGCUAUAGUAUCUUCGAGCGUUUCAUUCUGGAUUCCGAGUUUGGUCAUGAUUUCGAUGUACUGCCGAAUAUUCCGGGAAGCGAUCAGACAAAGAGAAGCCUUAACGAGAACUUCGUCAAAUAUUCUAUUGAACUCUGUACAUAUAAAGCACACGUCACAUGCUGCUCAUCAUUCCCAUUAUCUGCACCCUGAUAGAAGACCUUCAGAUAUAAGCCCAAACUAUAGUACAUUCACUGAAGUGGGUCCUGAAGAAACUGAGUUUGGCGAAGUUGUUAUGUCUUUGGGAGAUAUCUGUCCUAGUAAAGAGGCCAGCCCGAGAAAAUCUGUGAACGUUAGCUGUGAUACUGCUAGUUCGGGGUACUGUUCCGGAGGAUCGAACAAGAGAUCUUCAAGUGGUCAACCACCUUAUGGAUGGAGACCGAGCUGUUCUUCCGCCAUUGCUACAAGAGAUCUUGCAAAAGCUGCCACAGAGCUGAAUGCGCAAGGGGCAACGCUUCGUGCCGCCGGGAAGUCGUGGCGUGCUGAGCACAAAGCAGCGCGUACACUUGGCAUCAUUGUAGGAGCAUUCCUGCUGUGCUGGCUACCAUUUUUUCUUUGGUACGUUACGACGAACGUGUGCGGGGAGCCUUGCGAGACGCCUUCUGUUGUGGUCGGUGUGCUUUUCUGGAUCGGCUAUUUCAAUUCGGCCUUGAAUCCACUGAUUUACGCGUAUUUCAAUCGAGAUUUCCGGGACGCGUUUAAGAACACGCUGAUGUGCGCCCUGCCCUGUUUGUUCGGUUGUUGGAAGGACACGGGUACGGCUCAGUUUGUGUAGUAAUUAGCUGACGUGCGACUAAACAAUUGAUUGCUUUUUGGUAGUAUAAAAAAAAAAAAAAGACGUGUGGUGUCGUGGAGCACCGGAUA